AUGGCGCCGUUGAAGCGCAAAAGACCCCACGACGAGCUUGAACCUCCGGCCCCCACCACCACCGCUCCCGCCGGCGACUCAACGCGUCGCGCAACGCGUCAAACUCCGAUCUUGCCCCCUCCGAUCCCGACCGCCACCUCGCAAUCGCAACCCCAGGCCCCGUCCGCCGUCGACGAGAAGCGCCGUCGUCCCUCAACAACUUCUAGACCGGCCCUCACUCAAAAGAUCUCCGAGACCCCGAUCCCGGUACCCAUCACACCCUCCUCGUCCUCGACGUCACAUCAACAUCAGCCCACCCCAGCGGGCCAUACCUCUACCACUCCCGCCGAACCCCGCGUGAACCGACGAAAAAGCGGCGGCGCAGCAGAUACACCCACCAUGGGAGUGAAGGACGCAAAAGAGAAUGUGCGCCCGGUGACGCUUGUCGCACCAAAGAUAACAUACCAGGCCUCCCAGCCCCAGCCGCAUCGGAUGGGGGGAAGUCUUGUCAGGCCUAGCCCGCCGACGAAUCAGCCGCCGAUAACAUCGCACUUUCGUCCGGCGCCACGGCCUUCUUCAUACCAUCAUGCUAUCCCUGCCACGGUUACUGCCGUACCUGUGCCGGUGCCUCCGACAUCGACAUCGACGUUGGCUCCGUCAAACACCUCAACGACGACCUUGAAGCAGUACCAGCAGCAACAACCGCAACAAAGGCAGCAGCAGCAGCAGCAACAACAACAGCAGCAGCAACAGCAACAGCAACCACAAGCAUUACAGAAGCAACAACAACCUGCCGCCCCCAUCCCCUCAAAACCCAAAACAAAGACUGCUCCGAGGACAGUGGACAAAUCUGCCCCAAGAACAGAUCGCAACAUUGAUAAAGUAAUGCUGGGUAACAUCUGCUUCAGAGCGUGGUACCCCUCAUACUACGGCAAGGAAGUUCUCGGCGAUGCUUCCGCUAGCGCCAAGGGCAAUGCAGGGAGCGGGAAGAACCCGUUGACGGGCGAAAUUGCCGGUGGUGCUGGUGCGAAGAAUAGCCACCGCAAGGGCAACGACGCUCCGAUUCUAGAUAGGUUAUACGUAUGCCCCGUGUGCUUCAAAUACUCGAAAGAACUGGUGGCAUGGUGGGGUCACGUCCGCAUGUGCGAACGCGCGGGGACAGUGCCGGGGAGGAAGGUCUACGUGCACCCUCGAGGGAAGAGGUUAGUGCGCAAGGAGAUUCCAAGGCCAGCGGGGAAGAAGGGGAAUGUUGCGGCAAAAUACACGGAGGAGUAUGUCACGGAUGAGGGGGAAUGGAGCGUGUGGGAGGUGGACGGUGAGCAGGACGUGCUUUUCUGCCAAAACCUUUCCCUUUUUGCGAAGCUCUUCCUCGAUAACAAAUCCGUCUUCUUUGACGUCCGCGGCUUCAAUUACUUCCUGCUCGUCUACACGCCCCCUCCGCAACCCAACGCCCCCGACCCGCCUCCGCGCCCGCACAUCGUCGGCUUCUUUUCCAAGGAGAAGAUGUCGUGGGAUAACAACAACCUAGCCUGCAUUCUUGUCUUCCCGCCCUGGCAGCGCAAGGGGCUCGGCGCGCUGCUGAUGGGUGUUUCGUACGAGAUUUCGCGACGCGAAGGCGUGCUCGGCGGUCCGGAAAAGCCCAUUUCUGAGUUGGGGAGGAAAGGGUACAAACGGUUCUGGGGAGGUGAGAUUGCGAGGUGGUUGCUGAGUUGUCCUACUAAUAACGUUUCGGCGGCCGAUCCAGCGUUACUGGUCGAUGUGGAGGAUUGCUCCAAGGCGACGUGGAUUGCUCUCGAGGAUUGCUUGGCGACACUCAGGGAGAUGGGGGUUGUCACUGAGGCCGGAAUGGGCCCUGGGAAGCCGCCUGCUAAGCGGAAGAGGGAGCAGGAAGAAGGAGGAGAGGGUGAGGAUGUCGAGAUGGAGGAUGUGGAGGAGGAAGAGAGGCCCGAUGUGGCGCGGGUCAAGGUCGAUAAGACGGCCGUGGCAGCGUGGAUUGCCGCCAAUGGGAUUAGCCUGGAGAAGAUAUGCGACCCGGACGGGUUUGCGGAGGGGUAUGCCAUUAAACAGCCCGAUAAUGAAGAGGAUGGGGAGUGA